AUGAACUGCUUAAAGGUUACAGGUCGCUCAACCCGUUUCUUUCAAAGAAAAGGCUCAAGUUCUUUAACAAAAAGCUUCUUGCAGCAACAACAACAACGACAACUUUUUAGACAACAAGUUCGCUUAUACUCCACACCUACCCCUCAUGUCAAAGACAGUGGAAGCAACAUUCCCUGGGCCAUCGGCUCACUGCUUGUUUUCGGUCCUAUUUUGUUCAAGUUGACCUCUCCGCCACCUUCCAAAAAAAGGUCUGCUAUCAACCACGACCUUACUCAACACGUUUCACCUGCCGAAGCUGCUGCUGAUAAAAAGCCUGCUGGAGAGAAUGAUCGGCUACAAACACCACCUAUUGUAAGUGUAGUUGAAAAGAGCAAAAUCCAGAAGCCUUACGUUCUCAUAGGUGCAGGUACUGCUUCAUUUGCUGCUGCCAAAGCCAUAAAAGAGAAGGAUCCUCAAGCCAAUGUCAUUAUCAUUGGUGAUGAAGCCUAUGCACCUUAUAUGAGACCUCCUCUAUCAAAAGAGCUUUGGUUUUCUGAAAAACCUGAGGUAGAGAAUUUAACUUUCAAAGAUUGGUCCGGAAAGGAGAGAAAUACCAUCUAUCAAAACAUUUCUGAAUAUGAACUAAUUUCAGACGCCUCUGGCUCAGAUAUCGAAACCAAUGAUAAGAUCAAAUUGCUACUCAACAAAUCCGUCACUAAACUCAACAUUGAUGAUCACACUGUCACUUUAAACGAUGGGAGCAUGAUAUACUAUAACAAAGUUUUAUUGGCCACUGGAGGUGAACCCAAGACUUUACCUAAUCAACCAGCAGCCGACAGCAAGCAUAUUACUACCUUCCGUAAUAUUAGUGAUUUCAAGACAUUGGACAAGGUUGCUAAAGACGGUGCUCAUAUUGCUGUCAUCGGCGGUGGCUUCCUUGGUUCAGAGCUAGCUGUUGCUCUAGCACAUAGAGCUGGCAAAGAAAAUUUGAAGGUGACUCAAAUCUUCCCUGAAGAUGGAAAUAUGGCCAAGGUUUUCCCAGCUUAUCUAACGAAAUGGACUACAGGUCGUGUCCGUAAAUUGGGCGUAAACGUUAAGGAGAAGUGCUCCGUAGAAAGCAUUUACUCUUCUAAGGAUGAAAAGACAACUAUUCAACUCAGUAAUGGCGAAACCGUCGAAGUGGACCAUGUUAUCAUUGCCAUUGGUAUUAAGCCUCGUGUGGACUUAGCUCGCGAUGCUGGUCUCGAAAUUGACGAAAAACAUUCAGGUGUUGUUGUCAAUGCUGAACUUGAAGCACGUACUGAUGUUUAUGCCGCUGGUGAUAUGGUUUCUUUCCAUGAUAUCCAACUUGGACGUCGCCGUAUCGAGCAUCAUGAUCAUGCCGUGCUCAGUGGUCGUCAUGCUGGUGAAAAUAUGGUGGGCGGACAUCGAGCUUAUAAACAUCAGUCCAUGUUUUGGUCAGAUUUAGGCCCUGAGAUUGGCUAUGAAGCGGUAGGCUUAGUUGAUUCACAAUUAUCAACAGUCAGUGUGUGGGCUAAAGCUACUAAAGAAGAUACACCUGCUGCUGCUGCUGCUUCGACUGAGACUAGUAGUCCUCGCCUGGCUCCAGGCGAGACGGAUGUUACAAGCAUUAAUACAUCUACUGAAGAUGCUUCCGAAACUACUCAAAAGAACGAUGUAAUCUUUAAGGAUGAAAAAUUCGGUAAAGGUCUUGUUUUUUAUACUCGGGAUCAAAAAAUAGUAGGAUUAGUCCUCUUUAAUGUCUUUGGAAAGGUUCAGGAAGCCAGAGAUAUCAUUAGUAGCGGGUAUACUACGGAUCAGAUCGACAGUCUAGUAAAGAAAUUUGAUAUUUUCUCCAAGGAUCACUGA